AUGGCGGAGGAAAGUUUGCAGGAGAAAACUGCCGAAAUUGAGCCGCAGGGCAGCACCAGUACCGGUUCUACCGGGAGUGGCAGCGAUGCCGGUAAUGAUGCCAAGAAGAGUAGUAGAAAAUCAGGAAAAGACGCUCCCCGUCCUCACGUCUGUCCCAUCUGCCAGAGAGCGUUUCGCCGGCUGGAGCACCAAACAAGGCAUAUGAGAACGCACACGGGGGAGAAGCCGCACGCGUGCGACUUCCCAAACUGCUCAAAGAGAUUUAGUCGAAGUGACGAGUUGACGAGACAUCGUAGGAUACACACGAACCCGCACCCAAGGGCCAAGAGGGGCAGAAAGAAGAAAGUUGUUCCCGGGGAGCCCAGGAAACCGAUCGCCAGCUUUGAGAUAGGCGAAAACGGCGGCGGCCAUUCCACUUCGCAGUCGCCGUCGCCGCCACAGGCGGCGGUUGCAUCGCCGCCCUUGCCACACCCGCCUUCGCUGUCGAGCAACAGCUCCCGCGCGCGGUUGAGCGCGCUAUCGUCGUUGCAGGCAAUGACGCCGGUGACGGUGAGCGCUCCGAGCUUUAUGGACACGCCUGACAGCACAAACAAGCACAUCGUCCUGCCCCGCCCGGCUUCGCUGACGGAUUUCCACGCGGUCGGUGGUUCUGCGCUUCGCAAGGCGAUCAAGAGGCCCAAGUCGGCACUCUCGCUGAACAACCUGCUCAACGCGCAAAGCACCUCCCUCGGGAUCAACAGCGGCCACAACUCGGACUCGGACUCCGCCGAGGCAGACGACGACGACGAUUACGGUCUCAGAGAGCCGGCCUCCGACGAAGAGCACCAAGACGACCACGCUCGCAAGAAGUCAAAGACCACGACCCCAACGUCCAACCUAAGCAGGACCACCAGCUCGGCCAGCUUACACAACAUCAUUGGCAUGCCGCCGCUGCCGCCGGCCAGCUUCCCAAAGGAACUGAACGACAAGCUUCUGGCCAUACAGAACGAAAGACAGUCACUGCCGCGACCACCGUCGCACACGCCCGUCGUCACGGCUCCGACCUCUCCCCUACUCUCUCCACCGUCAUCACAGCCUGCCCGUGACAAUGGCGACCCGAAUUCUCUGCCUCCCAUACGAAGCCUGCCAUUGCAGUUUCCAACGGGCUAG